GCUUAUUUCGUCGAGUUAAUGACGGAUCAGAAGAUGAGUAGGUGGCAGAGGCCUCCAUCUGCUCAUUCCGAGAUGUCCCUCGAUCUUCAUUCAUCGUCACAGAUUAAUGGCCUUAACACGGAUGCCACAACGAGCCCAAUGCCUUCAACACAAGAGGAAACUCCAAAUGCUAAGAUGUCCAUAACGGAUGUCUUCAAGGUGAUGAAACCUAUACGGUUGCGCAAGAUGGACGAUAUGCAGGCAACUAGGGAGGACUAUGUUGAGGUUAUCCAAUCAGACCCUAUUGAUGUUGAUGAUGAGGUAAUGGAGGACACAAAGAAGAAGACCGCCGUUAAUCUGAUUGAGGUCUUGAACGGAAACAGAAAAGCCAAACCUGGUAACGAAGGCACAGGGAUAAUGGUUGGUGAUGAUGAUAAAUAUGCUGUUGUCCAAGUGACUGGGAAAGCUAAAAGUGGGAUAACUGCCAAAGAUUUGCUCACUGGUACGAGGAGCCCAGAGAUUGUUGAAGUGCUCUCCUCUGAUGAGGAGGGUGGUGCACAGGAGAAGCAUACAGAAAAGCAUGGAUCUCUGAUUGUCAACUUUAAGUAUACCACUCGAGAGAAGAAGAUGCAAGCCUUGGAGAGGAAAAUUCGCCAAUCUGCCAAUCGAUCUGUAUCUGCAAAGGACUUCCUUAUGUCAUUUGGUAGACCAAAGAAGGAAUGUAAAGCUGAAUCAGUGGCCAUAGACAAUGAACGUCAAGAGAUGGGGAACAACUUGCGUCAACGGAAGAAUUCAGUAUCUAAGUUGAAAGAACUCGAACCACCAAUCAUCACAAGGGACAUGAUGCAUGUCAAAUAUGAUGAGCCACAGAUCUCAUAUAGAACCAUCAGCCUUCCUCAAAGGGUUUCACAAAGGACUUUGCAAACAAAUACUGUCAAUUAUAAGCAAAUUGAUACAUGUAAAACUGAGCACAACGUGAACAAGUUCAUGUACACAGUGUCGGAAGAGAACAAAAUUGCAUUAGCAUUAGAGAGGGUUCCAGAGCUUAAGUCGGACAGCAGAUUCAAAAAAUUUGAGAAGCUUCUUACAUGUAAACCGGAAAGCGAUCUAUGGACUUCAAUGUUUCAUCCCAUGUCAGAUGAUGAGAUACUUUGGGAUGUCGAUGAAACUCAGACCAUCAGUCAGUGCUUGGAUAAUUCUUUCUCAAUGUUGAAGAGAAAUACUAAGAGACAUAAUUUUAAAAAGUCCAAAAAAAACACAGAUGAAAUGGACAACUUUAUAGUUUAUGAUGAUGGGGAAGACACUGAAACGGAUGAUCAGACUUAUACGCCUUUGAUUAUAUUAUCAGGACCUAGAGGUGUUGGUAAAACCAGUGCAGUUUAUGCAAUGGCCAACUGCAGAUCAGGGUAUGUUCAUGAAAUCAAUGCAAGUCAGAGUCGAGGGAGAAAGGAUAUACUGGCUAAUCUCAAGGAGAUGAGCACAACACAAUUGGUACAUUCCUCUUCAAAUGAUGAUGUUUUCCAAAAGGGCUUCAUCUUGUUCGACGAUGUCGAUGUGCUCUUAGAAUCUGAUAAGGGGUUUUGGUUAGUCGUUGAAGACGUGUUAAAAGUUUCCAGAAAGCCUAUCAUCUUAACCUGCACAGAUGUCAAAGAAAUUCCUGAGUCAAUUUUAGAAUGCGCAAAUGUGGAAUCUUCGUUUUAUCGGAUAAAGAGACAAUCAUCUCAAUUGUUGUGUCAUUAUCUUUAUCUAUGUGCAUUGGUGAACGACUGUGAUGUGGACCAUGCUGUUUUGAUGGAACUUGUCAAGGACAACAACCACGACUUGAGAAAAUGCUUAUUCGAACUUGAGAUGCUUUGUCAGAUACCCACCUCCAAGUUUGGAGUAACAAAGAUAUUGUUCAACGAGACAGUAACCACGGAAGAAAAUGGAAUCGAUGUGUUGAACUUGACCAAACAGCUAGAAAUAAAAUCUCUUUGUGACGAGAUAGGAACUUCUUCGAAGUCAAUGAUUCCUGUUGAUGAAGUUGAAGAUGAGCAAUUAUCUUUGGUACCGAUACUUCUUUCAGAGAAUCUCCAUCCACCUUUAUUACUAUCAGAAUAUGACAUUUCCAAAGAGUUGUACAACUCUUUAACCAAAGUUGUGGGCACAUCUGAACAUGAAGGAGCUGCUGAACAACCAUCUGCAAUAAGGCAACGGGAACGGGCAUUUGCUCUGUCUAAAAUCAAGAACUUGAAACGUUUAACUAGAGGAACAGCCAGACAGGUCUUAGGAAAUCCUGGUGCUUAUUUCGCUGAUGAAAGAUCAGAUUUUUCUUUGUUUGAGACACUGAAUCCAGUUGCGUAUUUCACCGACGUGAGUCCAAUAAUUAGAGAAUUUGCUCGAUUCGAGCAAAGCGCAGCUAAAGGGAACAACUUAAUCAUUGAAAAUGACAUCGAACAUAGACCUGCAAAGAUAUUGAUGCAACAAGGUCUACUGCAACCGAAGCGUUUCAACGCAGACUACAGUGCGGUGUUGUACUCUACAGAAAAGAGCUCGGGUUAUUGGGAUUGAUAACCAGUAAAAUAACUAUCUAAGUUCAUACUAAAAUGCAUAUUAAUGAGACUUGGAAUCAUCACUGUACUGCAAUGCACCAGUGAGGACAUCAAUAUUGGACUUGAGAUUGGUCAUAACAAGUUCAUAUCUUGAAGCAUCAACCUGUUGAAGCUGUUGUAAUCUUUGAGCAAAGAAUGGUGCAAUAUCAACAUAAUCCAUAGGUGUGUUUCUAAAGGCCUCAUCAUCAUCAAACUCAGAAUCUUCACUUUCCAAGUACUCAUCACUGUUCAGUUUGGCUUUUUUACUAAUUGCCUCUGGAAGACGGCCAAUGGUUUGCGCAAGCUUCUCAGAAAGUUGUGGCAGGAAACCAGUAAGCGUAUUUGGCAAAUUUUGUGCAGUUAACAACGAGAUGAGGGCAG